CUUCGAACGUCCGGAAAAUAUUAGGCUUGAGGCCUAGACACGCGAAGCGUAGGACGGAGUCUAAAUCGGAGAAGAACACCGAUAGAGCAAACAUGGCAGAGAAUGAUGUUGACAACGAGCUGUUGGACUACGAGGAGGAUGAAGAGCCACAGGGAGCGACGGAGAGUGCAGUCCCAGCAGUGAAGAAGGAGGUAAAAGGAUCCUACGUCUCCAUCCACAGCUCUGGCUUCCGAGACUUCUUGCUCAAACCUGAGCUGCUUCGUGCCAUUGUCGACUGUGGCUUUGAACAUCCAUCUGAAGUCCAACAUGAGUGCAUUCCACAAGCCAUUCUGGGCAUGGACAUCUUAUGCCAAGCCAAGUCUGGCAUGGGGAAGACGGCAGUAUUUGUUCUCGCCACACUACAGCAGAUUGAGCCGGUUGAUGGGCAGGUGUCUGUGCUAGUGAUGUGUCACACACGUGAGCUGGCCUUCCAGAUCAGCAAAGAGUAUGAGCGCUUCUCCAAGUACAUGCCCACAGUGAAAUGCUCAGUGUUCUUUGGUGGUCUGUCCAUUAAGAAGGACGAAGAGGUGCUAAAGAAGAGCUGCCCGCACAUCGUGGUUGGCACACCAGGCCGCAUCCUUGCGCUCAUCCGAAACAAGACCCUCAACCUCAAAAAUAUCAAGCACUUCGUCCUGGAUGAGUGUGACAAGAUGUUGGAGCAGCUUGAUAUGAGGCGGGACGUGCAAGAUAUCUUCAGGCUGACCCCUCACGAGAAGCAGGUUAUGAUGUUCAGCGCCACACUCAGCAAAGAGAUCCGACCCGUCUGUCGCAAGUUCAUGCAAGACCCAAUGGAGGUGUUUGUGGAUGACGAGACAAAGCUAACACUGCAUGGCCUACAGCAGUACUACUGUAAGCUGAAGGACAGCGAGAAGAACCGCAAACUCUUUGACCUGCUUGAUGUGCUUGAAUUCAACCAGGUGGUGAUCUUUGUGAAGUCCGUACCACGCUGCGUCGCUCUCUCGCAACUUCUAGUGGAGCAGAACUUCCCUGCCAUUGCCAUCCACAGAGGCAUGGCCCAGGAAGAGAGGUUGUCAAGGUAUCAGCAGUUUAAAGAUUUCCAGAGAAGGAUCUUGGUGGCAACUAACCUUUUCGGCAGGGGGAUGGACAUUGAGCGCGUUAACAUUGUCUUCAACUACGACAUGCCUGAGGACUCCGACACAUACCUGCAUAGGGUGGCUCGUGCUGGUCGGUUUGGGACCAAGGGUUUGGCCGUCACUUUUGUGUCGGACGAGACAGAUGCCAAGACCUUAAAUGACGUCCAGGACCGCUUUGAGGUGAACGUGGCUGAACUGCCUGAUGAAAUCGACAUUUCUUCCUACAUUGAGCAGUCCAGAUGAAUUGUUCCAGUAAUGCCUGUGGUCCACUUGGUGUUUUUUGUAACAGCAGAAAAGGCCCUGCUUAUUUUAUUUUGAUACCUGCUUACACACCCCACCUCUUCACCUGCCCAUAGACUCCUCUCUCUGUUAAACAUGUACCUUGUUUAUUUUAUUGUGGUCUGGGGUAAAUCCUUUUUUAAUUUCUCUUGUUAAUCGUGGUUGUUUAUUGGUUUGAGAAUUAAAACUUUUUUUAUACUA